ACCAAACUCCCUCCUGCUAAUUACCAACAAGCCGAAGAUGAUGCAAGAUCCAAUCAAGACAGAAGAAAUCAACUUUGAAGGUAAUACCUUGCUGGAAGAAGAGGAAGAGGCAAUGAUGGAGUCAUCUGAAUAUCAUGAAGAUGAUUCUCUAGCCUUUAAUGACUCCUCUGCAGGUCUCGGUAUGGGUUCCAGACAAUGGCAAAAGGAUAAUUCUAAUAAUGCCCAAGCUAGUGGUUAUAACAUUAGUGUUGGUAUCACAACUCGUGAUGAAUCCUUGCCAAUCUACGAUACUCCAUGUAAGAUGUAUAGUAGUCUGAGAUACAAGCUCCACUAUAAAUGUUCAGUCAACGCAGAACAAGUAACACAAUUACCUAAACUCUUAAUGUGUCGUAUCACUGUUAUUGAUGAUGAUAGUGAUAAGGAAAUUAAGAAAGAUAACAAGCCAAUUAUUGAUGAUUCUCUUAUUUCCCUCAAGAAUACUUCUACAGCAAAUGGUAACUUUGGUGUUUUUGAAGCUAAUCAUAAGGUUAAAUUCCGUAGUGUUUCAUUCCACCACAAUAAGAGCAAAUGGAGACUUUUAUUACAAUUAUUCUCUGAUAGCAAUCAUAAUAUUAACACUCCUGUUUUUGUUAUGAGAAGUGCUCCUUUCCAAGUUUAUGCUAGAAGACCAAAAGUUUCUGAAAGAGAUUCAAGCAAUGGCUUAUUAAAUCCUUCAACUGCUACUGCCUCUUCUUCACAAACAACAACAAAAGAAGAAAAGAGAAAGAAGAAGGCUGUCGAAGGACAAAAAAAGAGAAAGAGAUCUAUCAAGGAAGUUUCUGUUAAACAAGAAGUUGAAGCAACAGAAUCUACUGAACCAACAACCACUGAACAAUCAACUACAUCAACUGCUCCUGAAGUUGUAGUUACUGAAGAAGUUGUUGCUGCUCCAAAUCCAAAGAAGGUUAAACUUAUGGAAACAUUCAAGAAGACUCUUGACCUUUUAAUCAAACAUCAUAGCGAAAUGGAUGAAGAAGACAAAUUAACUGGUUUCCAUUUGAUUCAACAUAGAUUAUUCCAACACUUUUAUGGUUGCACUCCAGAACAACUUGCUUACUGUCAACAACAACAAGAAUGUGAAACUGCUGAAGUCAUGCAAUCUGGUUCUGCUGAUGAUUUAAUUACUAUUGAUACAUCUUCCCUUUUUGAACCAACAGAAUCGAAUGAGACAAGUAUGACAGAUGGCAACUUUUCCAUGGAUGCUAUGGAUUUCAUUGGUAACCAAUCUUUGAAUGAUGAUUUUACCUCUUUUAUGUAAAUGCUCAAUGAAGUUUUGUUUUAGUUACAAUUUUGGUAGAAGAACAAGUUAUGAAGAAUAACCUGUUCUUUGAUGACUCGCUGGCUUUUUCCCCCUAGUAGGCACAUUGUGCUUAUGACCAUAAUACUAACAAAGCUCUGCACUGUUGUGCUUUUGAGCAAUCUAAUUUCACACAAAUAAAUUAUUUAUACUUUGUUUAUUAAG